AUGGCCGCACCAGCAACUGCAUUCUUCGUGAAUUCAAAGCCCAAAAACUUCAAGCUGCCAUUAUUGAAUUUACUCAGGGACUCUGCCUCUCUGCUUAUUGGUUUAGAUCUCCAAGGGAACAAGCUAUAUGGGCCGAUUCCUAGUUUAAUACGCACGUGGGUGCCUUACGUAACGGUUCUCAUUCUUUCCGACAAUCUUCUGUCAGGCCGACUGCCCGUCGGGAUUGCAAACUGCUCCUUCCUGAACGUUCUCCUCCUGUCCAAUAAUCGUUUCUCGGGAACCAUACCGUAUGAACUUCCUUCUGCGGGGAGGCUCAAUGAAUUUUCAGUUGCAAAUAAUAAUCUCGAAGGCGUUAUUCCUCCAAACUUGACUCGUUUUGACAAGGCGGAUUUUGCUGGGAACCAGGGACUCUGCGGGAAACCUAUGGGGAAGUGCCGUGUAAGUAACAGGAAGAAGAUUGCGAUUGUAUUAGCUGCUGGAGUAUCGGGAGCAGUAGGCUCGAUCUUGCUGAGUCUCGCGCUCUGGAGGAUGCGCGUAAUUUGA